AUGAGGAUUAGAGGCACUGUUACUCCCCUUAUUAUCUCUUAUGAGUCAUUUGUGAAACUUGUUGAGGUAUUAUAUGUUCUGGCACGAAUUCCUUAUUUGCUCAUCUACAUGGAUUCAACGGAUAUGGAAUUUGAUGGAAGUGCAACUGAUGCUUCAAAAAAUGAAAGAGAUGCAGAAAUGGAUGCCAAUACAAAUAUCAUUGAUGUUGAUUCAACAAAUGAGACAUCAGAUGUUCCAAAUCCACCAAAAAGAAGAAAGAGAGUUGUGGGGAGUGAGGAAGCGUUGGUUGAAAUGGUAAUUGUUGACGAAUUGCCAUUCAAGUUUGUGGAGGGUAAAAAAUUUAAGAAAUUUAUUGAUAGAUUAAUAUGUGCAAGUCAACCUAGAUUUGUUGUUUUGUCUCUUGUUACUGUGGCUAGAGAAGUGCUUAAGUUGUAUGUUAAUGAGAAAAAGCAUUUGAAAGACAUGUUUGUGAACAAGAAGCAUAGAGUUUCUCUCAUUACAGAUUGUUGGACAUCGGGACAAAAUAUAAAUUACAUGGUACUAACUGCCCAUUUCAUAGAUUCUGAUUGGAGGUUACAUAAAAGGAUACUUAGUUUUUGUCCAAUUGAGAAUCAUAAAGGUGAUACUAUUGGUAAAACCAUUGAAAAUAAUUUGAAGGAUUGGGGCAUUCAAAGGAUAAUGACUUUGACGGUUGAUAAUGGAAGUUCGAAUGACACUACCAUUGCUUAUCUUCUGAAAAGAUUCAAUUUUGGUGGAGAAUUUCUGCAUGUUUGUUGUUGUGCUCAUAUAUUAAAUCUCAUAGUAUGUGAUGCUUUUAAGGAACAUAAUGAUUGCAUUGAAAGGAUUCAAUAUGUUGUACGAUUUAUAAGAUCUUCUCCAGCAUGUUUUUUGAAAUUUAAAAAGUGCAUUGAAAUUGAAAAAAUUUCUUGUAAGAGUUAUGCAUGUCUUAAUGUUCCCACUAGAUGGAACUCUACAUAUUUAAUGCUUGAGGCAGCUGUAAAGUUUGAAAAGGCUUUUAAUAGACUAGAAGAUGAAGACGCUUCUUAUAGACACGAUUUGUCACCAAAUAAGCAAGAUUGGACAAAUGCUAAGAUGUUGAUUAGGCUUUUAAAGGUCUUUUAUGAUGUGACGUUGGAAAUUUCAGGGUCUUUGUACACCACUUCGAAUAUGGUUUUUUCAUCAGAUUACAGAGGUUCAUAA